AUGAUUCCCUGCAGAGCGGUGCUGACUUUUGCGCGAUGUUUGAUCCGGAGAAAAAUCGUCACACUGGACAGUCUAGAAGAUUCCAAACUCUGCCGCUGCUUAACCACCAUGGACCUCAUCGCGCUGGGGGUUGGAAGCACUCUCGGCGCUGGGGUUUAUGUCUUGGCUGGGGAAGUCGCCAAAGCAGAUUCUGGCCCCAGUAUCGUGGUGUCCUUUCUCAUCGCCGCCCUGGCCUCGGUGAUGGCAGGCCUUUGCUAUGCUGAAUUUGGGGCCCGAGUUCCCAAGACUGGAUCUGCUUAUCUAUACACUUAUGUAACGGUUGGAGAACUGUGGGCCUUCAUCACUGGCUGGAAUCUCAUUCUGUCAUAUGUCAUAGGUACAUCCAGUGUCGCAAGAGCGUGGAGUGGCACUUUUGAUGAACUUCUUAACAAGCAGAUUGGUCAGUUUUUCAAGACAUACUUCAAAAUGAAUUACACCGGCCUGGCAGAGUAUCCAGACUUUUUUGCUGUGUGCCUUAUAUUACUUUUGGCAGGACUGUUAUCUUUUGGAGUAAAAGAGUCUGCUUGGGUGAAUAAAUUCUUCACAGCUAUUAAUAUUCUGGUCCUCCUCUUUGUAAUGGUGGCUGGGUUUGUGAAAGGAAAUGUGGCUAACUGGAAGAUCAGUGAAGAGUUUCUCAAAAAUAUAUCAGCAGGUGCCAGAGAACCACCUUCUGAAAAUGGAACAAGCAUCUAUGGGGCUGGUGGCUUUAUGCCCUAUGGCUUCACAGGAACUUUGGCUGGUGCUGCGACUUGCUUUUAUGCCUUUGUGGGCUUUGACUGCAUUGCAACAACUGGUGAAGAGGUCCGGAACCCCCAAAAAGCUAUCCCCAUUGGAAUAGUGACUUCCCUACUGGUUUGCUUUAUGGCCUAUUUUGGGGUUUCUGCAGCUUUAACGCUUAUGAUGCCUUACUACCUCCUGGAUGAGAAAAGCCCACUUCCUGUAGCAUUUGAAUACGUUGGAUGGGGUCCUGCCAAAUAUGUUGUUGCUGCAGGAUCCCUCUGCGCCUUGUCAACAAGUCUUCUUGGAUCCAUUUUCCCAAUGCCUCGUGUAAUCUAUGCUAUGGCGGAGGAUGGGUUGCUUUUCAAAUGUCUAGCUCAAAUCAAUUCCAAAACGAAGACACCAAUAAUUGCUACUUUGUCAUCGGGUGCUGUGGCAGCUGUGAUGGCUUUCCUUUUUGACUUGAAGGCUCUUGUGGACAUGAUGUCCAUCGGUACCCUCAUGGCCUACUCUCUGGUUGCAGCCUGUGUGCUCAUCCUCAGGUACCAACCUGGCUUGUGUUAUGAGCAGCCCAAAUACAUCCCUGAGAAGGAAAUUCUGGAAUCCUGUACCAGUGCGACUUCGAAAAGCGAGUCCCAGGUCACCAUGCUACAAGGACGGGGCUUCAGCCUCCGGAACCUCUUCAACCCCUCUGCUCUGCCCACACGACAGUCGGCUUCCCUUGUGAGCUUUCUGGUGGGAUUCCUGGCCUUUCUCAUCUUGGGCAUGAGCAUUCUAACCACGUAUGGAGUCCAGGCCAUUGCCAGACUGGAAGCCUGGAGCCUGGCUCUUCUUACCCUGUUUCUUAUCCUCUGCACUGCCGUCAUUCUGACCAUUUGGAGACAGCCACAGAAUCAGCAAAAAGUAGCCUUCAUGGUCCCAUUCUUACCCUUUCUGCCAGCCUUCAGCAUCCUGGUCAACAUUUACUUGAUGGUCCAGUUAAGUGCGGACACUUGGGUCAGAUUCAGCAUCUGGAUGGGGCUUGGCUUCCUGAUUUACUUCGCUUAUGGCAUUAGACACAGCUUGGAGGGGAACCCCAGGGAUGAAGAUGAUGAUGAAGAUGUCUAUGCAGAUGACAUCAGUGCAGCAAUAGAAGAGAAAUCCGCCAUGCAAGCAAAGGACCAUCACCAAAGAAGCUUCAGUUUACCUUUCAUAUUCCAUGAAAAGACAAGCGAAUGCUGA